AUGUCAUCUGAGAACCAGUCCAGCGACCUUCACAAAUUCAAGGGCAUCCUGUAUCCCUCCCUGACGUCAGAGGAGCUGCUGAAUUCUUUGGAUUCCUUCGAGGCAAGAGAAGAUGAUGUGUAUCUGGUGUCUUAUCCCAAGUCUGGCACCCACUGGGUGGCAGAAGUCAUUGAGAACAUUGCCAGUACGAGACUCAUGCUAACACCCCCACUGGAGCUUGGAGACAUCGCCAUGUUCGAGGAGCUGAAACUGUAUUCGAAGAGAAGAAUGAUUCCCACGCACCUGAGCUAUGAAAUGCUGCCCGGGACCAUCAAACAGAAGCAAUGCAAGAUUAUCUACAUCGUGAGAAAUCCAAAGGACACGGCUGUUUCUCUCUUCCAUUAUUAUCGAAACAACCCCAAUCUCCCUGAUGUGGAUUCGUGGGCUGGAUUUUUCGAGCUGUUCCUCAGAGGAGAUGUUGUGUACGGAUCCUGGUUUGAUCACGUUUUAGGCUGGGAAGACCACAGACAUGAGAAAAACAUUCUAAUUCUCUACUAUGAAGAUAUGAAGAAAGAUUUUUCUAAGAGCUUAAAGAAAAUCACCACAUUUCUGGGCAUGGGUAUGAAUGACAGUGAGAUUCAUAAGAUCGCGUGGAAAACGUCCUUCAGUGAGAUGAAGAAUAAUGCCAGCAAAGAAAACUCUGACUCCAACCACACGAUCUGUGCUCUGACCUCCGACAGGAAGCUGGUCUUUAGGAAAGGUGUGGUGGGGGACUGGAUCAACUAUUUUACUCCCAAGCAGAAGAAAGUGUUUGAUGAACUGUUCGUAGAGCGAAUGAAGCAGAGUGAGGUGGCAAGACACUUGAAGGAAUAUUCUUAAUGGCAAAGAGCAACGACAACCAUUUCUACUCUGCC